AUGGAUCUAUCUUCGUUUCCCCUCGAUGCUCAGAUGUGCACCCUGGUCUACGAAAGUUUUAACUAUAACAGCGACGAGGUGAAGAUGCGUUGGGACAAAAAGAAUGUCUACCAACUGAAACAUUUCAGUUUGCCAGAUUUUGAUCUUGUCAAUAUUUCAACCUGGCACCAAAACCAUGAAUCGCCUGCAGGUAUUUGGGACCAACUGUUUGUCACAUUCACCUUCCAACGUCGGUACAUAUGGUAUAUACUUCAGGCGUACAUACCCACCUACCUGACGAUUUUUAUCAGCUGGGUCAGUUUUACGCUUGGUCCAUAUGCAAUACCGGCUCGAACGAUUUUGGGAGUCAAUUCGCUGUUGGCUAUGAUAAUGAUGUUCGGUAACAUAAUGCGCAAUCUACCCAGGGUCAGUUACGUAAAGGCUAUAGGUAAAGUUUCAUUUAUUGCAUAUUUCCGAGAGUAUGAUAUGUCUGCAGAGUUGCCCUCACUGUAAUA